AUGGCGUUUGCAGCACCGCAUUACCAGUCUGCGCCGGGCCACUCACGCGAUUCGUCCGCCGCGUCGUGUCAAUCGUCUCCGAUCACACCUUCUUUCUCUAUCCGGAGCCAUAGCCGCUGGCCCAGUUCAAGCUCGUCGCUUGCUACCUCUCCGGAUUCACCAUCUCACAGUGCAACAAACAAAACGACGCUCGAAGAUCUUCUCGAAGAGUCCGCUGAGCGAGAAGACGGGAUCAGCAGCUUCGAGACCGAAGGCCUCGGCGACGAGCCCUUGUGCAUUUGUGACACGCCUUUCUGUGAGCACCAACAAGCUGAGGCUACGACUCCAACACCCUUUCCAUCGUUCCCAGAAUGGACACGCGGAGAUGACAGGAUCUUCAGCUACUCGGCGUCUGGUCACUCUGUCAAACGGAGUCGAUCUGGCGAAACUUCGCGAAGCACAGUAGGCUCUCGAAGGCGCCAAAGACUGCGCUCGAUCUCCAGCAGUCUCUUCCGCGAAAGACGACCUACUACCUCUGUGACAAACCAUACUGUGCAGAGCGCGCCACCAACCCCUGGAUCUUCCUCGCGGCGCCCAUCCAUCACCGAAUAUCUUUCCCGGCAGUUAGAACCUCGUCGGACGAUUAGCAGUUCUAACCGGCGGACUCUUUCGUUCUCCAAUGACACUGGCGAACCAUCGUUCCUGGAACGGAUCGAAAGUCGGGAGGCCUGGGAGACGCAGCUUUCAAGUGACCCUGUCGACCGCGAGGGCAACUCUUCGACACCUCUUCUACCACCAUUACUCUCGAGCCUACGAGACCCUUCGGACGAGGCACUGCGUUCGCCGCUUCAAUCUCCAAGUGUGGCCACUCAAAGUGAGACCGCAUCAAUCUACAGUCCUGUGCCUCACGGACUAUUGACUCCUCCACUUUCCGCGAAACCCUCCUUUACCUCCUUCAACGUCCCACCAGCUUCCACAUAUGCGGCGCCGGAGAAGGAUUACUGGGCCAUCAAACUCGGACACGCCAACUUCGACAUCGAGCCCAGGCCCUACAUGCCACAGCAAUUCACCAGAGAGUCAUGUCGGCGGUUACUCAAGGACUGGGAAGCCGCUCGUGUCGAGUACAUGCGUGUCAUCGCGCGGGUGAGCGAGCAUUAUGGACCAUCAUCACCAACCUACAGCCUUACCGAGGAGAAGUGGGCCGAAAUCGACAAAGCGUGGCGCUCCAACCUCGACAAGGCGAACGCUGAAGCCGAAGCGAACGGCGAGAUAGGAGUUCAUCAAAGCCUGGCCGAGACCCAGCCCUUAGCGAAGAUGCCUUCUCUCUCGGACCCAAACCAGCCCACGAAGUUCCUCAACGUCGACGAAGCCAACAUCGUCGGUCCCAUGGUCCAGUACACGAAGAUGCAGCAGACCUCGCCCAAACGACCCAGUUUCUUCGGCGUCCUCAAAGACCCCUCGUCCAUCCUCAACCGCUCCCUCUUCGGCUCGAAACGAUGA